AUGCGGACGCGAUACAUUCGUCAUUCACACCAACCCCCAGACCUCGCAUCUACUGUAAUAGAUGCGUACAUACAAGAGAUUCUGUCAGCCCUUGUCUCGAAUGUCCACUUGAUCUCCUCCAAGCACCCCCAGGAGAAGGGCAGUGUCUACAUUGGACAAGCGGGAGUCAUCCUGAUGAAUAUUCACCUUGCACGCUUGGCCAUAGAAGAGCACACUCUUCCGCACCGUGACCUCGCCGACAAACUCCUUCGUGCUGCAGUCCCACCGUCUUCAACCCACCUUCAGAGCCCUAAAGAUGCAUCUCGUGCUUCCUUCUUGGAGACUCCUAUAGGCCUCGCCACAUUAUUGGUGGAACGGACCAUGGACUCGGAGGCGAGCCCCGACUUCUCGGAAGCGUUGGCUUCAGCAUGCCUUGAUACAGUUCGUGAUGCGGUUUCGUUGGCCAUUCAAGAGGAUGAACAGCAUUCUCUACUGGACGAUGAUGGUUGCGAAGUUCUCUACGGACGCGCGGGUACCUUAUAUGCCCUCCUGCGACUCCGGACUGCGUCAAGUACAUGUAGCAGUAGGCUGGGAGGAGAGGUAAGCAAGGUGGCUUCAGAUAGCAGCAUAGCUGCUCUUGUUGGAUCCAUCAUCCUCCGUGGCAAAAUCGGUGCAAAGGCGUAUGGCACCGGCAGUCCACCGUUGAUGUGGCGAUGGCAUAGAAAACGGUACCUCGGCGCCGCUCAUGGAGUAGCGGGAAUCCUGCAUAUGCUCUUGAUGAUCCCUGGCCGUAUUUUGCAGAAGCACUCCGAGGACAUACUGGGAACGAUCGACUGGCUGAUACGGAUCCAGGAUACCACAGGGAAUUGGCCUACCAAGGCUCCCGACGUGGACGACAUCGUCGAUCCGGCAGAGUCCAGCGAUCUGGUACAGUGGUGCCACGGUGCUACCGGAAUCGUGCUCAUGCUAUGCACCCUUGUUCAUCGCGCGACGUACGCACCGCAGAUCCUCUUUUUAUCGCACGCGCAGUUCGCAUCGAUCCUGUCUGGCAUAUCUAAAGGCGCGUCCUUGAUCUAUAGGCAUGGACUGCUCCGAAAGGGUGUUGGUCUGUGUCAUGGUGUUGCCGGGUCCGUGUAUGCCCUCAUUGCUGUCGCCUGUGCAGUCGAGCACUACAACUUGGGUGGUGCCGAGGGGCCUCCUGCUCACAGCCCUGUAGAAUAUCUCGCUCGGGCCGUUCACCUUGCGCAUUUGGCCACCAGAUAUGUGGAACUUACUGCGGAAGGAAGGAUGGCAGCGCCUGACCGACCGUGGAGCCUGUACGAGGGCUCGGCAGGCAUAUGUUGUGCUUGGGGAAGUCUGCUGACGCUCCUAGACCAGUGUAAGAGGUCAGAAAGCACUUUGUUCAAGCAUGGAUACGAAACUAGGAGUGGGUUCCCUGGGUUCGACGAUAUUCUAGUGGAUGGAUCUUGGUAG